AUGAUUACGAAGUAUUUUACUAAAGUAAUAGUGAGAUUUAAUCCAUUUGGCAAAGAAGCUAAGACAGCAAGGUUAUUUCUAGCAUCAAUUCCACCAAGACAACGUAUAAUGGGUACAAAGAUAGAGAACGAACUAUUAAAUGGUACAUCUACUAAAGAACCUAUAAUUAAAGUGGUAUACAAAGAUAAGAAGGAAGACAGCGUUGAUCCAAGGGUACUAUCUUUCAUGGAGAUCGCUAAUAAACUAGACGGUCAUUCUAGACAACUGAGAUUGAAGGAGACUAUCGAAAACCAUUAA